GGAUAGCAGGAAAAAAUCUACCUUGUCUCCGUUGCAUGUUUCUUCUCCCGUGUGGGGUCCACCCUCAUGUGAGGGAGAAGAAACAUGCAACGGAAACACAGAAUAACUUCUCCUAUGGCAGACGUCUUUCCUCACAAAUAAAACCACACUUGGUGAGCCAUUUAUUGAAGCUUAUAUAAUAGCACCAACCCUACACUUUAGUAUUGGCAAACAAUAUAGGGCAAACAUUAAAUUGGGUUCCAUGGGAGAAGUGGGUGAUGAUGUUCAACCAAGAAGUUAUUGGAGAUGGAAAAAACAGGAUUUCUUCCCGGAAGAAUCCUUUCAAAACUGGGGCACCUAUGGAUUUGCACUAUUACAAACACGUCAUCGAUUCAAGGACCGUCUCAUCAGCCGAUCAAAUGAUGCCGAGGAGAUUGGAGAGCUUCGAAAACAAAGCGAAAAUGAUAUGAAACGAUGCCUUACCUGGUGGGAUCUCACCUGGUUUGGAUUUGGCUCAGUCAUUGGAGCUGGCAUCUUUGUGCUUACUGGCCAAGAGGCUCAUGACCAUGCUGGACCAGCAAUUGUUUUGUCCUAUGUUGCUUCCGGUGUUUCAGCAAUGUUGUCUGUUUUUUGCUACACAGAAUUUGCAGUUGAAAUUCCAGUAGCAGGAGGGUCAUUUGCAUACUUAAGGAUUGAAUUAGGUGACUUCGCAGCUUUCAUAACAGCAGGAAAUAUACUUCUUGAAAGUAUUGUUGGAACUGCAGCUGUUGCUAGAGCAUGGACUUCUUACUUCACCACUCUACUAAAUCGCCAACCUAAUUCAUUGCGCAUUCAAACGAGCCUCACCGAUGGUUAUAAUCUCCUGGACCCAAUUGCUGUUGCUGUUUUGGCAAUUUCUGCAACAAUUGCAAUGAUCAGCACAAGGAAAACCUCUUACUUCAAUUGGAUAGCAUCUGCAAUUAACACUGUAGUAAUUGUAUUUGUGAUAAUUGCAGGAUUUGCUCAUGCUAAAACCUCUAAUUUGACACCCUUUUUGCCUAAUGGAGCUAAAGGAAUCUUUCAAGCUGCUGCAAUUGUCUACUUUGCUUAUGGUGGUUUUGACAAUAUCGCUACCAUGGCCGAAGAAACCAAAGAUCCAGCCAGAGACAUACCACUUGGAUUGCUUGGAUCAAUGUCAAUCAUCACAGUGAUAUAUUGCUUGAUGGCACUUGCAUUAGCUAUGAUGCAGAAAUCUUCAGACAUAGACCGGAAUGCAGCAUACUCUGUAGCAUUUCAGAGCGUGGGAAUGAAAUGGGCUAAGUAUUUGGUAGCUCUUGGUGCUCUAAAGGGAAUGACCACUGUUCUUUUGGUAGGAGCAUUAGGACAGGCACGAUAUAUUACUCACAUUGCAAGAGCACACAUGAUUCCGCCAUGGUUUGCUCUUGUCCAUCCAAAGACAGGAACUCCGAUAAAUGCUACAUUAUUGAUUACCAUUCUAGCUGCUUGUAUUGCUUUAUUUUCGAGUUUGGAUGUCUUGGCAGGCUUGUUAUCUGUAAGUACACUCUUUAUCUUUAUGAUGAUGGCUGUUGCACUUCUUGUGAGGAGAUAUUAUGUCAAAGAAGUCACUUCAAAAGUUAACCUUAUAAAGCUAGUUAUCUUCUUGCUGAUGAUUAUUGCCUCCUCAAUGGCAACUGCAGCUUAUUGGGGACUAAUGCCUAAUGGUUGGGUUGGAUACACCAUUACUGUUCCUAUUUGGUUCUUGGGUACCGUAGGAAUUUCAUUGUUUGUGCCUCAACAAAGGACUCCAAAAGUUUGGGGGGUUCCACUUGUCCCUUGGUUUCCAUCAUUGUCAAUUGCAACAAAUAUCUUUCUCAUGGGAUCUUUGGGUUCUAAGUCAUUUUUCAGGUUCGGAAUAUGCAGCAUUGUAAUGCUACUAUACUAUGUAUUCUUUGGUCUCCAUGCAACUUAUGAUAUGGCCCAUCAGCAAGAUAAGCUGAAAUCUAUGAAAGUUGAUGAUGAUAACAUCAAGCAAAAUGUAGGGCCUUAAGAUCAUUGUACUUUACCUUUCAGUCUGUUAAUCCCCAAUAAGAUUUCCUUCCUACUUUUGUUCC